CAUCAGGUGAAUCAAGACAUUAUUUGUUUUGUUCAACCAUAGGUUUAACUGUUAUUGUUUUGUGUUUGCCUAUAUUUUUGAAAACUUGCUAUUAAUACGAAUAGAAAUGCUUAAAACACUAACAAGGUUGCAACAAAGUUAUUUGAAAAACCAAUUCAGACCUCUCAGCUCAACAGUAAUUGUAAACAAAAAGUACAAGUAUGCAUUAGAUGUAAAGAAGCAAAAAGUAGGUGGUGGAAAAGGUUCAGUUGGGUAUCAAUACAAAAAAGGUGCAACUCUUGUAGAAGGCAAACUCCUCAGUCACUUUACCUUUGGUGAUAAAAACAAGUUUGAACACUCGUCAGAAGACAGUCCAAAACAAGCAGCUUAUGCUGAGAUUGUGCAGUCAGGACUGGAGGACUUGCUGACAUCGAAUGAAAUCGCACAAGAAAUUCAAAAUUGUGAUAUUGAAAUCGUGAAGGUUGAAGUUUCGCCAUCUUUGUCAUCUGCGAAUGUUGUGUGGAAGUUAAGAGAAGACGUUGGAACUACGUACAGAAAAGAAGAAGUGACAGCUCUACUGGAAGAACACUUGCAUCACAUCAGAUUGAUACUACCUGCUUAUACGACAAUCACACGGACGCCGGCGGUUUCGUUUACGUAUGAUAAAUUCUCCGAACAGCAACGAUAUAUCGAUUCAUUAUUCGAAUCCAUUAAAAGCACGGAAAAUUAAAUUGAACUUGU